AAAACGAAAACAAACCAAAAUGGCAAAUUUUCCAAAGUUCCCACGAACUCGUCGUGAUAAACCCCUCAGAACUAUUCGCGAUGAUCAUUUUGAGAGUAUCGAUGCCACUCGUGGCCACGAUCAAAUUGAUGGCUUUCCAGAGAAAGCACAUUUUGGGACAUUCGACGUACUGGUAAUCAUUGCUUCGAUUGGAAGUUUCUUUUUCGAUUUGGGCUCAGAUUUGUGGGUUGCACACGUUUACUUUUCUGACAAGGAAUAUUGGUACUUCGGAAUGACAGUUGCCUUCAUUAUGAUUCCCUCCUUGACAAUGAUGGUGUUUAGCUUUCGUUGGUACAUCAUGGAUUAUCAUCAGAAGAAGAGGGAUAGUCCUCAGAAUCCGUGCCCUGUGCCAUGCAAAGUGUGGUUCUUGAGAACAGUGUGUUUACUCUUUCAAGUUGGACCAGUUUUGAGAUAUGGUGAAACACUAUACAAUGGUCUUAAAAGUCGGAAAACAAAUUUGAGGAAUUAUUACUUUCAGUUGAUGCUGUAUGAGGAUGCAGAUUCUACAUUGCUGAGACUGUUUGAAUGUUUCCUUGAGGCAGCUCCCCAGUUGGUCCUACAGCUUUACAUCAUGGCUUCUCAGGGCACAGGCACAGACACCUUUAGGAUAAUCAUCCAAGCUGGGUCCUGUAGCAUGUCUCUAAUCUCCUUGGCAUGGUCACUGACGUCAUUUCACCGAGCUCUCCGUUUCACACGAAACGACAAGAAGAACCUCCGGCGGCCAGCUAUGGUUUUACUCUUCAUGUGGAGGAUAUUCACGAUAGGCACACGCGUGCUGGCCAUCGCGCUUUUCGCAUCACAUUUUCAUUAUUACGUCUUUGUUAUACUCGGUGCCCAUUGGUUAGCUAUGACGAUAUGGUUGGUUUUCCAAAAGACGAACUUUUGUUCUCACAGAUUUGAGGAGGUGCUUUUCGAUGCUAUUUGUGGUGUGGUGUAUAUUUUCUGUUUCUUGAAUCUCAAAGAUGGGCCAACAAGGUACAAAUAUUUAGCUUUUUACACUGUGGUGUAUAUGGAAAAUUUGGGUAUGAUUGUGUCGUGGUUCUUUUUCACCGACGCAGCGGGUAAGUGGUACCACUACCCCUGUCUCAUGAUUGUUAUUGCGGGUUUUUUGGCCGGAAUCCUCAUCAUGCAAAUAUACUACUUUUCUUGUCAUCCAUCGAAAGGAAUCAAGUUUUGUAUUGGUGAGGAAGAAGCGACCCCUGUCGUCAUAAAUGGACAAAACUCCUACCACGGAUCUACCGAGUCUCUUCCUGUCUCCCACGCGUCACAAAAUUAUGCAUCGCCGCCUGUUAACAGCACUGCCAGGAAUGGAGUGAAGAACAAUACGUACACACACUCAACAUCCGGGAGUGCAAACGGUCAAGACAAUGUGCUGAGCCAGGGUACCCUGGUUUGACAUACAGGUUCACACCUACAAUUUCGUGCAAUUUAUGUGUAGGUGUAGUUAAGUGUUCUGUAUGAUUCAUUUACUGUAGCAGUAUUAAUUUGAGUCACUUUUAAAUAUGAGGUCUUUUCUAGUUUCAUAUUACAUCUGUAUCAGCUCUUUUUUCCAUUGUCAUUUUUAAAUAUCACUAGCAGGGCUGCUUGCCUAUAAACUUGUUGUGUAAUUUGCACACAUUUGUUCAAAAAUCAUGAUGAAAAGACACCAAAAUACACAAAUUUCUUGUUCAAAUUUACAAGAAAUACACAAAAAUCGACCAAAAAUCAUACCAAAAGUUGUGGACUGCACAUCGAGUCACAGCAAGGUAAGCUGCCUUGCUCUAAGUAGGUAAAAGAAGCGUAACUUAAUUGGCAUUUCUGAAGGCUUGAUAACUUGGUUGAGCUUAGUAGAGCUUUCAGAUGUGACAAUUGAAUGCCUCUCUACUUGGAGUGACCAGCCUCUCAGUUUUCUGUGAAGGUCAUUUUCUUCGAAUUAUUUUGUGGUAUGUUUCUGUUUACGAACAAAUGACGUAUCCAUUCCUUUUGUGAUGUUUUAUUUUAUUUGUUGAUUUGUUUCAUGUUUUGUUGUAUAUUGUCGAAGUAUUAAGUUUUCUAAACUCAAAUUGUUUUAGUUUAUACCAACCUGAAAUAAUUUUUUUUUAAAUGUAACAUCAUCAUGAUCCUCUUUGCCAGUUACUUGUAUGAGUAACAGAGGAUUCCUGUUCAUUCCUGAAGGUAGUAAAUAUCAUACUAUUUAACAAAAUAUUUACAUUAUGUCACAAAUUUAUAAACCAUAUAGAUUUAUGAUGAUGUAUUAUUGCGAUAAGGCCACAAUUUUUUCUUUGUUGGUAUGUUGUAGAAGUGCCGCCUGAUGACGUGUUUCACCCAAAUUCUGAAAUAUCAUUUCAGCAUUUAGAAGUUGAUUUGUACUAUAAACUUAUCAAAAAAAGAUAUAACAAUGCAUCUUUCAUUUUUUCUGAUGUGUGUUUAUGCCAAGUACCUAACUUCACGUUUGGCAAGUAAACCAAAAAUUAAAAACAUGUGGCCUAAUUAGAUACAUUAAAUACCCAGCAAGGCUUCUUGGAGGUUUUUCAACGAGAGCAAUGGGACAUGUGAUUCUGAGAGCAAUUAGAGUUCGUACUUUAGAUUUACGGCCUUAGAUUUAUAAACGGCGCUAUAAGUAGUUUAUUUUUAGUAACAAAAAUUCUUACACUUUAUAUAGUAUAGCAGUAGAAAAAAACCACCAAUAGUAAUAAAAUUAUGCAAGCUGAUAGAUUUGAUAUAAUAACCUAUAUUUUAGCAUGAGGCUUACGAGUAUAUUAUACUUUUAAAUCAAUCUCUAAGUCAUUUGCUUAGAGUAUGGCAAGCUGUCCAUUCCUUUCAAAUGAAAAUGGAGUACCGUAGAAGCUCUCUGUCAAGGACCCCUCCGGACGUACAAGUGCUGUCCUGAAUAGAGAGGUGUCCUGAUUAGGAGAUCACAUUGAUUCGAAACCAUCAAUUUGGAACCAAAACUAUAUCCUUCAUAGAUACAUGUAGGGUGCGUCCUUGAUAGAGAGGUGUCCACUCAGGGAGGUUGCACUGUAUAUGCUGUUGUUGAAAAAUUAUUGCUGCUGUGACCUACUUAUCAGUUAUAAGUAGGUCAAUUGAUACAAGCAUACAUUUGUAUGUAGCCAAGUUUGUUGAGAUAGAGUAGACAUGAGCCCAAUGUCCUAUCUUGAUAAUUUUUACCAGAAAGCGCAUUUAGCAAAUUUGUUUUUAACAUAUCAUUUUGAGAUUUGUAGCAUGAUGAAGUGUGUUAAUUUAGUUGCUGUUGCACAAUCAGAUAUUAUUGUGCUGAGUAUUUUUUUGCUGGUUGAUCAAACUGAAAACAUAUUUACAAAAGACAUGUUGGAAAAAUUUGAUCUGGUGCACUAUUAAACUGAAUAAUCCAGGAAAGUUUUUGGUUCUAAAUAACUGAGGGAAGUACGUGUAGUUUUCUUCUUUCCCUGUACGAUAUGACUACAAAACUUCCAAUGUUUGAUAUGUACAUGUAGCAUAACACUAUUUUGCACUUAGCAGAAUCGAGACCCAAUCUGUUCUGAUACCCAAUCGAUAGCAAGGAUUGGUGCCAGUGAACGCCAAGAUUAUGGUAAAGUCCGGCCUUUAACUGUGUGUGAGAAAAGAUCAAUAACUGAUUAUGAAGAAACAAGAUUGAUAGCUUAGAAGGGAAUAAUUUAUCGAUUGGCUAAAUCUUGUUGAGAAAAAAGAGAAACCACUGGGUUUAGGUGGCUCACGGCCAGUCCAGUCGUUCUUUCGCAUGGUAUUGCCAUGCAUCUCAAAAAUAUUACAUUUGGCAAUUUUUCUAUCCUGAUUGGAGAAUCUCAGGGCGUUGCCGGCCUGUCUACAUUCAAGAAUCUCUCUGGUCACUGUCCUGUCCGAAAUUACAUUGUAUUGAAUUGUGCCAUGUAUUGUAUUUGAAUGGUGUCUAAACUGUAAUGGCAGGCAAAAACACUCAUCCCGCCUUGGAGGAGGGAUGCUCCCUAGAGAAAGUCACCUCCAAGUGCAGAGUGAACUCUAAAGAAGAAGAAGAAGAAUCAUCAUCUUUUGGUAUUUACUUGUCUUCCUCUUGAUUUGACUUUUGCAGAAUGCUUGAAAUUAUCUAUCUUAUUUUAUAUGAAGAAUCUCAACCACUGUCAUUUACAUUUGAAACAUAUUGUGCAUAGUGUACUAUGUUAUCUAUUUGUGAAUCUCUGGCCACUCCUGUAGUGUUCACCCUAUUUCCUGAAUUAUUGAUAUCUCUGGUAGAAAUCUUCCACAAAUACUAGACAUGAUGAUCAUAUGGCUAAUUAGGCAGUUUGCUGUCACACAUUAUUCGAUGUAAUUGGGUGUGAUGGCAUCGAUAGUUUAUACUCACUCACCAAUGUUGAAAUCACCAGAUUGUCUGAUCCAUCUAUAAUUGCUUUGUUAACCCAUUAAGAAGAAGGAAAAAGUUGGUAAAAUGUUCACUGAUGUAUUCAAGAACACAAUUUUACAAUAAAUUGCAUAGUGGCGAAGUGGAUUCCGAUGCUUCGAAAAUGUCCCUAUAGAUUUAUGCUUGAACUUUUGUCAAUGAUGGCAGUAGCAAAAUUCGGGCAGCCCGAGGAAUCGGGGACUAAAGUUUGCUUCUCUGGACCUGCUCAAAAAACCCCUUAGACAAUGCCUCUCAUUGGCUGAAGUUCUGACGCAAAAGCAAUUGUGACCAAUCAGAGUGUUCCUAGCAUUUGAUUCUGGGAAUCUCAUCAGUGUUGUCUCAAUAAUAUCCAAACUCGCAUUAUCAUUGGUGGUAAAAUCUUGCCAUUGGAAAAAAAAACCUAUCUUCUCCGAGGUGCCCUCAACAACCUCAGUCGAUUCUUUGAUUUCCAAGUGCAAUUUCCAUACAUACAAAUCAUCAGAAGCUGAUGUUGACGGUUAAAGCUCUGAUGCUGAUUUAAAGUUGAUGUACACCUGUACAUAGCAGAUAGCAAUAGGAGAAAAUGUCUUAGGGUCCGUUUAGCAGGAGAGCGAACAUUAACCCCUCAUUUCCUUUGGAUUUUGUCAUGGCUGAACUGUAUUUUUUGUCUUAGUGGUCUUGUUAAUUCCCAAGACAAUUAUAAACUUUGUUUAUUUUUAUGGUAUAAGUAAAACUGGAAGGUUUAACAUGAUAUAUUUAUAUGAUAAUAUUAAUAUAUGGUGUAUAUGUACAUGUAUUAUAAUGAUGUAUUCAUUAUUUUAAGGCAACAUUACAUUAUUUUGGUGAGUCAUGACUACUUAAUCUGUGACUAACUGUGUGAAAUACUUGGCAAGGAGGGCAAUCUCUCCUUAAUAUUUAAUUCAGCUAAUUAGUUCUAUAGUUUAUUAUGACAUUAAAGCAUGCCAGAUAUUUUAUGUUUUGGUGCAAAAGUCAGGGCUGUUGGCAUUUUUGGUCCUGCUAGGCAGUGUAGGUUCAUCCAGUACAUGGAAUAAGGACAGCCUCUUGUUUGUUUGAUGAUUGUGUAGAUAUACAUGUAAGAACAGUGUGGUAAAUGUAUUAAGAAUGGAGAAGUGAAAAUAUGAUUUACAUACUAAAACAAA